AUGUUCGGCCGCAGCGCCACUGAAGCACUGAGGCAUGCAACUGUAUUUCCUUUCAGUAUCAAAUUCACAUUGCUCGCCUUGUCUCAAGCUCGCAAUACUUGUUCGCCACUCCCCAAUACCUCCAGCAUUCACACAAAAUAUGUUGACCGCAUACAUAACCUCUGUUACUACGCGUUUCAACCCCUUCUACCCGACAUCGCGAGCGGCACGAAACUUUCUCACAUUGCUCCCUCCUACUGCGCACUCGAGGAUGAAAAUCAACAUGACCGUAUUGCCGAGACUGAGCAAAGAGAAGCCCACGCUGUCCGUCACCUUCAGUACGUGAUGUUCCGUUCACACAUAGUAACCAUGAAGCUUAUCAUAGCUGCAGAGGAUGGGAAGACGAUAGAUCUUGACUUAUCAAAGCUUAAGGCCAAUGAUGUGGUUGCGGAGCUUGACAGACAUUCACGGACACUUGCAAGAAAGGACGAACUGGCUGGGUAAAUAUAAAGUGGCGGA